AUGAGGCUUUUCAGACUGAGUGACGGGGUGGUUGAAAUGCCCGAAAAGGAUAGUGCAACACGUGCCUUCAGAUCAACAGAUACACAGACGGCGAGGACUGCAAUUCUCCACCUGACGCCCAGUUCAGCAAAUGAAACGAUGCGCUUCUAUUCUCACAAGAACGCCUAUGCUUCUUUUGUAGUCUGGGCUGGGUCCUUCCUGUUCUUCGACGGCAGUAAAACAGAACAAUUGCACCAUAGAGACUUCAUUUUUAUACCACCAGGAACAUUCUAUGGCUAUCGGCCACUAUCACCUGAUUCAGAAUUGCUAGUUGUCACUACUCUCGAAGAUCCAGCCGCCCUGCUGGAAGCGAUAAACGACGAUCAAGAUGCAGCUUCUCGACACUCAACAAAAAAUGAAAAUCCUCACCCAGAAGAGAUUGAUCUCGUUGAUGGGUAUCGUCUUUUAGAUUCGACGAAGCCCAUAGAACAGGAGGAAGCUGCUGUCUCAACAUAUCUACGCCCAUACUCUCUGAAUACCGCCACAUGUCCGCGGUGGAUAUUCGGCGGCGCAGUAACACGGCCUCUUGUGAGACAGUCUCAGUGCGAAGGCAAAUUCUCCAUCUCAGUCAUGGAGUCUUCCCAUGUGCACAAGGUCAAGCCAUUUCUUGAUCACUGGCUAAGCUUCACAAGAGUUGAUCAUUGCUUUUGCGUCAUUGAAGGGACAUUGUUGACAAAACUAAAAGGCCAGACUGACUGGACAGAACUGCGAAAAGGUCAAGCCAUACUCAUUCCGGCAAGGCAAUCUUUCACCGCCGAUGUCGGGAGUGAGUUUCUGAAAAUUCUUGUUAUUACGAAUGGUAUUGGCAUCGAUGAGCUGGUCUGUAGGGCUGGACAAGGAUAUGGAUCUACAGCACUACCAGAAACGGUCAACAGGUGGGAUACUUGGGAUGAAAUUCGUUUGAGGUCCGCGUGCUCUGAAGUUGGUGCUCUCCUCGACUACUCAUCUAAUACCGACUGA